AUGGAAUUUCUCUCACUACAGCACCAGCCACUCUCUUCCGACCCGAAUUUCAUGAACCCAAUUUCCUGUAAACUAACACCAACACUUCGCAUAAUUUCCACCAAAUUCAGGCUUUUCUCUACAUCUUCCCCAAAUUUAACAACUACCCAGACCCCAAUUCGUGAAGAAAACUGCAUAAAAACUUCUUUGAGUGGCAAUACAAGAGUGAAGGCGAAGGUUUUGGAUACCCAGUUGAAAGAAAACUGGUUGGACUCUCUUACUUGCCCAUUUCCCGAGAAGCUAUUGCGGUCUGACCGUGACAGUAACGGUCAGCCAAGCAAUGAAAAGUCCGGAUGGGUAAUGGGGAUUGACCCGGAUGUUCAUGGGGCCUUGGCGGUCCUGAAGACUGAUUGUUCGGGUUGUUCUGCUCAGGUAAGGAAAGACCAAGAUAAAUUGGGGUUUGAGAUGGUGGGCAAAGAUGUGACAGCUUGUGCUCUAAGAAAAGAAGGAAUAUUUGUAGCCAAAGUUAAAUAA